GAAGCCGUGUCCGCUUUAAGCAACAAUAUCCGCUUCCACAAGCGUGCUUCUGGUUGUAAUCCUUGUUUUACUGGUUGUGAUAAUACUCUUAUUGGUUGUCGUUCUGAUUGUAGUGGUGAUCUUAUUGGUUGUAAUGCUAAUUGUGGUAUUGCUCGUGCUGAUUGUCAUGAUGGUUGUGCUCCUUCUUCUUCUAAUAGUGCUUGUAAUCGUGGUUGUGAUAAUAAUUAUGCUGGUUGUACUAAUAAUUGUAAUGUUGUUUCUGUUGGUUGUGAUAAUGUUUGUUAUAA